UUUUUCAUUAACUUCCCUCAAAUUCCUUCUAACUUCUUUCCCAAAUCCCACCUCAUUUCUACCACCUUACAUAACUUACAAAAAUAAACUCCUUAUUUUUCCCUUCUCUAUUCUCCCUUAAUAUUUUUAAAGUUUCAUAUAAAGUUUAAUUAUUUUGUUAAUUAAUUAUAAUUAUAAUUAUAAUUGUUGAUAAUAAUAUUAUUAUAGUAAGAUACAUAUGGCAACAGAGGAAGCCAAGAAGGUGGAGACCGAAUCACCUGCGCCGCCGGCAACUCCGCCGCAAGAAUCACCGGAAAUUCCACCGGUUACUGUUGAAGAGAAAACAGUCGUUCCCACAACUGUGGAAGAAUCCCAUGAACCAGAAAAAACUCCUGUUUCUGUUGAAAAGGUUACAGAAUCUUCUGCGGAGAAGCCUAAGGACGAAAAACCUCCAAAGGAGAAGCCUAAGGAGGAAAAUAUUGUAGAAGAAAAACUUUCCGAGGGUUCAGUCGGAAGAGAUGCUGAACUUGCUCGAGUUGAAACCCAGAAGAGAAUGUCACUCAUCAGUGCUUGGGAAGAAAGUGAGAAGUCCAAAGCUGAAAACAAGGCACACAAAAAAGUUGCUGCUAUAGAAGCAUGGGAGAACAGCAAGAAAGCAUCUGUUGAAGCAGAGCUGAAGAGAAUUGAGGAAAAGCUAGAGAAAAAGAAAGCGGAAUAUGCAGAAAAAAUGAAGAACAAAGUAGCAAUGAUUCACAAAGAAGCCGAAGAAAAGAAGGCAUUAGUUGAAGCCAAACGUGCUGAAGAUGUUCUGAAAGCAGAAGAAGCAGCUGCUAAAUACCGUACCACAGGAAAACCUCCUAAGAAACUUCUUGGUUUGUUCUAGAUAUACUAAUUACUUUCAUUAAUUAUGUUAAUUAAACUUAAUUAUGUGAAUUAAGUUUCGUAAUCCCGUUAAUUUGUUGUUUUAUUUGUACAUGUGUUAUAUGGUUUGGUUAUGUGUAUAUUAUUUGUUUUUGUAUGUUGAUAUGAUUUGUGUUAUGUAAAUAAAUUCAAUAUUGGACCACAAGUAAUGUCUAAUCUCAAGUU